CGCGGACCUCACAGCCAGACGAUCCGUUUCCGAGAGCCGAGGAUUCGGCCGACUUUCAAAAUCGCCGAUCACCUCGAAACCCAGAAUCUGGCUAAAUCUUUGACGGAUAAUCAUUGGCUCCGAUUUCCGUUUUUCGGCCAGUUUUCGGGGCAAAAAAAAAAUAAUUUAAUCCCUUGAUCGUAAUUUGAGGUAAAAUAAUAUCGAUAAUAAAUGACAAAGACAGAUUGAAAAAAUACAAACACACGUAUACGUAUUUGCAAUAAGUUAAUUUGCCGCAAAAGCUUGUCGCAUAUUUUCGCAAUAUUCGUGAUAUACGCAAAACUACGGAAAUACAAAUGUGUUACAGUUAUCUGCAUGGAUUUUUACGAGUGAAAUAUUCGCCACGAUCUCAGCUGAUAAUUAUAGAUAAAUAUUGAUUGGUGACAUUCGUUUUCUUCACGCGUUCGGUGAUAAUGAAUUUUCUGCGUGAAUAGAUUAAUGAAGGAAAAUUCAAAGACAGUGUCCAAGAAUUAAUGGAAAUUAUUGUUCGUGCAGUUGAUAAAUUCUAAAAUCGUGAAGUGCGUCAAGGCGAUAAAAGGAAUAGAAAUUAGACUAAAAAAAAACAACAACAACAAAGAAACAUCCAUCGGAUUUUAUAGAAAUAAACGUAUUUGGUGAAUCUUUGACGGUCAUAAUAUUCAUUGAAUUAAUAUCAGAGCAGAUUGUACAAAAAUUAGGUCAACAAGUCUUCAUUUUACAGUAAUUUGAGACAGAUUAAAAAAUAAAAAAAAUAAAAAAAACCACCGGUCAGUAAUCAUCAAAAUAUAAAAGAACUGUGUAAAAUUUGAAAAGAUCGAUCGAUAAAUCGUGUUUAAUAAUUAUACCGUGUUUCGGAAAGAGAGUGAAGUUUGACAGUGCAUCGAGGACUUGAAAAUAUGAUCGUAAAGGAUAACACGUGGAGGCAGCGGAGGUUGGCAGUUCCGAAGAGAACCAGCGAGCUCAUCGCCCUGAUCGCAUUGUCGAGUACGCUGUUCCUGUUUCUUCACACGAGAGAUCUUCACUCUCGAUUGAGGGAGAUGGAAGUCCGACUUCAGCCAGGAGACGAAGAAGGAUUCUCCGCGAGUCAAUUAUCUUCUGACGGCGAACAAACCUCGAUACACAUAGAAUCAGGACCCAGCGGUGUCGUUCAUUACUACUCGACCAUCAAUCAGAAGUUAACAGAAUCGUACGACGACAUGGAGGUCCUUGACAUCGACGCGUUGAACAACACUCGAAGGGCCACCAAACAGGUGAUAUUCUUCAACCGGGUACCGAAAGUCGGUUCCCAAUCAUUCAUGGAACUACUUAGAAGGCUCUCCGUGUUCAACAGGUUCUUCUUCAAUCGAGACAGGGUUCAGAGGGUCGAGACCAUCCGCCUUGCUCCAAUCGAACAGCUCCAACUGGCGACAAUGGUUUCCGGUUACGCUGAACCUUCAGUCUACAUCAAGCACGUUUGUUUCACGAAUUUCACCGAAUUCAAUUUGCCGGAACCGAUUUACGUAAACCUGGUGCGAGACCCGGUCGAGCGCGUAAUUUCCUGGUACUACUACGUCAGGGCUCCGUGGUAUUACGUUGAACGGAAGCAGAUAUUUCCCGACCUACCUUUGCCGGAUCCGAAUUGGCUGAAGAAAGACUUCGAGUCCUGCGUCCUGGAGGGUGACAGGGAGUGUAGAUACCUCGAGGGCGAGAUCCACGAGGGCAUCGGUGACCACCGAAGGCAAACCCUCUUCUUUUGCGGCCACAGCGAUAAAUGCAGACCAUUCAACACGGUAGGUGCUUUGGAGAGGGCUAAACUGGCGGUUGAAAAACAUUACGCUGUUGUCGGUAUCCUUGAGGAUAUAAACAGUACGUUGACGGUAUUAGAAAAUUAUAUACCGAAAUUUUUCCGAGGAGCAACAGACGUCUACUGGGACGAAGUCAACUCAUUUACGAAAAUAAAUCGGAAUUUUUUCAAGCCACCGGUUAGCGAGGAGGUAAAAGAUCUGGUGCGAAAAAAUUUCACGAGAGAAAUUGAGUUCUACCAAUUCUGUCGACAACGACUUUACAAACAGCUCAGAGCCCUGAGGUUAACUAAUUUGCCAAAUCAAAUCGACAACACUCUUUAAGGAUAUCAUUUCCACGAACGGUAAGGAGGGGUUCCUCGUUUUUCUGUUCACAUAUCGAGUGAAAACGAUCACACCUUACGGGUGAAGCGUCGCAGAAAUUUCCGGGACAAUUUUUCUCCCUUUUCUCUCCUCGAGUAUGAAAGCAAAGACAAAGAAGAAGAGAAAAAUAAUAGCAGACUAUAACUAUUUUUCAGUUGGUAAAGAUUUUCGGUUUUCUCGUCGACUAAUAAUAAUAAAAUAUUGUGAUUGUGAAACGUCAUCACGUUUAGAAUUGUAGACUUUAUAAGUACAUUGUAUAAUUUCACUUGUAUAAUAGUCUUUAAUUGUAUUUGCGGAUAAAAAUGUGCGGGAGCAUUUUCGAUCUAUAUAGGUAUCACAAAAAUCAAGAGGACCAAUCUGCGCCUAGAUUACGAAUAUGAAAUGUAUGUAUGUACGCGUGUGUGAUUAUGCAAAGUAUUAAUAUAUAGUAUAUUUAGACCGCAAAUUCGUGGGCAGCUAUACCUAUAAAUAUUAUAAUAUCUUUUAUAAUCUCGAUGAAAAAUAACUUUACAUGAUAAUUUACAACGACAAAUGGUUAAAUUUUGAUGCAAGCAAAGCGUUAAUGAUAACAAUGAUGUUUUUCGGAAGAUCGAACAAAUUUUUAUAAAUCAAAAGGUAGAUAUCGUUCAGUGUAUUUUCUGCGUAUUCUAGAUAGGUUUAUUUAUUAUCUAUUAUACAUUUAUUCCAGAAUACAUUUUGUAUUACAAAAACUGGCAAUUAGAAUAUUAUGAGUAAAAUAAUAAGUAAGUAAAUCGCUGAAUAUAUUCGUGGUAGAAAUUUUUGAACUAAAGAAUAUUAAUGUUUCCAUACUGGAUUAUUCAAAAUUAGAAAACUUAUAGGACUAAAAGGAUGGAACGAAUUAAAAAAAUGCGCAUUUUACGAAACGGUAAUUCCGUACUUAUAUUACUAUCUCGGUGUAGUUUGAAUUAUUGUUUAGUGUAUCGGACGGACCAUACUGCGUGAAUAAAAAUUGUUUACUUUCUAAGGUGAGGUUAUCAUGAAAAUAUUCACAUCCUCAUGAUCAUGACAAAUAUUGUACAAUUAGUUAACUAUACUUACACGUAUCACGCAAAUUUAAACGUGCGCGAAAUAUAUAUCAAUGCGAAAUAAACAUAAUGAAAGAACAGUUUUCCUCUUUUCAAUUUUUACAGGCUCACAUAGUACAGCAAAUCAGAAAAAGUAAUAACUAUUCUCAAAUCUAGGUACGUAUAUUAGUUGCAAAUUUUUCUAAUUACCAGCGUUUUAUUUAACUAAUUUAAAAAAAAAAAAGCACAUGACAAAAUAGUUCAAC